AUGCUGGGACGUGUAGUUCCUCCGGCCAGCAAUGCAUGCUGGGAGCCUUGCAGCUCGUCGAUGCAGAUGCAUGAUGGGAACAGUAGUUUUCUAGGCUACAAAGGUAGUGCACGGGGGUUUGUGUGUGUUUUUUUUGCUCCGGGAACAACAGGGUUUUGCCAUUGGUCGUGGUUGCAUCGUGUGCUUCGGACCUUCCUUUGGGUUGGCUGGAGAGAGGAGAUCUCCGCUGCGAUCUGGCUGAAAGGUGGGACCGGGGAUGAUGGAUGCAGAGCGCGCUGUGCAAGGGGCGAAAGGGGUUGCUUGCUUGCACGACCAUGCACGCCUGCAUGCAGAGUUGCUUUGCCAUGGGAAGAGAACAAGAGGGGCUUUGUUUGCUAGGGCAAGGGGAGGAAGCGGAAGCUGGUGUGUGGCCAAGGUAGGGCUGUCCCACGCAUGCCUUUGCCUUGAUUCCAGGCGGGGAGCCUGGCGUACUAGAAUUCGCUGCCAUCCAGAAAUGGAGGUGGCCAUUUGCUUGAAGGGCGCUAAAAGGGGGUGCGCAAUCGGCAGCGGUCGGGCAUGGCAUCUAGCGAGCCUCCAUGUUCCGAGGCACUGUACCUGUGACUCACAGGUGCUGGGCGCGCAAAACAGGGAGGCCCGGCUUGCUGGGCAGAUCCUGAAAGACUGGGAUGGACAGGCCUUCGGUGUGGUCCAGGGUGCUGGGUUUCUGCUUGGAAUGGCGAUGCAAUGCAACACAGAAUAAGGCGCCUGGGCUUUUUAGUUGUUGUGGAAAAUGCCAUCCUGCCCUGAAGUGGGUUGCUGCCUUCCUCUCUCUUUUUCCUGAUUAAACUUCAGCCUGUUGCACAGCAGCUGAAAGCACAGAUUUAGAAGAUAUGGGGGUGGCAUGCAUAUAGCUGCAUUAUGCUGGCUUGGGGUGAUGCACCACCGGGCCCUGGGAAGCCAUGAAGCUCACCAGGUGACCUGUCACUGGCUCCCAACCUAACCUGCCUCACAGGGUUGUUGUGAGGGUGAAAUGGGGAAGGGGAGAAUCAAGUAGACCGCCAUGGGAUCCCUGGAGGAAAGGUAGGAUAGGAACGUAAUGAAGAAAUAGCUUGGAUCUGCGGUGAGAAAGAUGGGGAUCCGGGGCUAGAUCAACCGUGAAGCAAAAUAAGUGUCAAGAGAAGGGGGCCACCACAGCAAUUUAAAGCCUACUACAUCAAUGAAAGGGACACAGGUGGCGCUGUGGGUUAAACCACAGAGCCUAGGACUUGCCGAUCAGAAAGUCAGCAGUUCGAAUCCCCGUGACGGGAUGAGCUCCCAUUGCUCGGUCCCUGCUCCUGCCAACCUAGCAGUUCAAAAGCACAUCAAAGUGCAAGCAGAUAAAUAGGUACCGCUCCGGCGGGAAGGUAAACGGCGUUUCCGUGUGCUGCUCUGGUUCGCCAGAAGCGGCUUAGUCCUGCUGGCCACAUGACCCGGAAGCUGUACUCCGGCUCCCUCGGUCAAUAAAACGAGAUGAGCGCCGCAACCCCAGAGUCGGCCACGACUGGACCUAAUGGUCAGGGUCCCUUUACCUUUACAUAAAUGCAAAAAUUGCAUGAUAAUAAUAAUUUUAUCUUUUAUACCCCGCCCAUCUGGCUGGGUUUCCAUACACACACACACACACUAAUAAUAAUAAUAAUAAUAAUAAUAGGAAUGAGUUGAAUAAUAGAUAUUAAUGAUAUACAUUAAUCUUGGAAAUACAAAAUUAGAAUCUGUCAACUGGCAAAGUGCCACUCGGUCCAUUGAAGCUCACAUGUUUGUUGGUUGCGUCGGCUGAAUUAGACAUAUACAGAGGCAUCAAAAUCUUUUAAAGCACUUAGGGCCUCUAAAGGUCUCAAUCCGGCCCUGAGGGCGGUAGGCUGACACGUCCACCGGUGUGGCCCUGCGUGCGUUUGUGGGGGACAAGGGACAUGAGGUGUCGCUGGCUUUUGAUGGCAUGAAGGAACGCGGGGUUGGCGACGCGACAUCCAUGUUGGUCGUGGUGAGUCGGGUUGCUGAGGGCGAAGAUGCUCUUCUGCGCUUCUGAGGUCGCUUUUGGGGGGUCAGUUGUGUCCGAGGAUGCCUGCGGUCGCAUCCACACACCGUACAUUUAAAGCGCAAGACCUCUCCCCCCAAAAAGAACCCUGGGAACUGUAGUUUGCCCCCUCACAAGUGCCAGCGCCUUCUCCAAACUACGGUUCCCAGGAAUCUUUGGCAUAGGCAAGUCAUGUGCUUUAAAUGUGUGGUGUGGGUGCGAAGAGACCUGAAUGGGUUUUUCUGUGGGGGCUGUUGUGAGCAUUUCAUUGUUGCCUGGCAUUGUGUGGGGAACAAGUGUGAGCAGGGUUGUCUUGGCGAUGAAGGGAGCGGCCUCUUCAAACUGCCUCCACACGAGAAGGGCAGCACGCUGUUUGUGUUUGCUUAUUUAUUGUACAACAUUUAUAAACCGCUUUACCUGACAGAAAACCCCUAAGCGAUUUGCAAAGAGCAAUCCAAAAUAUUCAUUUAAAAAUUCAGUUAUUAUCAUUAUUAUUAUUAUCUGACGGGGGUUGCCCUGGCUACUCCAGGCGGCUUCCGACAAAUAAUAAAACCACAGUAAAACGUCAAAUAUUAAAAACUUCCCUAUACAGGCCUGCCUUCAGAUGUCCUCUAAAAGUCAGAUAGUUGUUUAAUAAUAAUAAAAGGGCUAAAUAUAAAAUUAUAAAAUAUAAAUAAACACUGCCCUUUAAAAAUAAUCAUAGAUAAAUGAAAAGGCGGCAUUCCUUUCCGAACACCUGAUACAUUUGUGCCGAGUCAUGCAACAGCAAAAAAAGAAUUCUGGGAGUUGUAGUUUGUUAAUGGUGCUGUUAGGAGGCCCCAAUUCCCCCUCAUGGAACUACAGUUUCCAGAGUGGUUUAACAACCAGCCCCUCUUGCCAGGGAUCUCUGGGAAUCGUAGCACCCCCAAGGAGAGGAGGUCUCCUUGCAACUCUCAGGACCUUUAACAAACUACAGUUCCCAGAAUUCUUUUGGGGAAGCUAUGAUGGUUUAAAGCACGAUACUGCUUUAUAUCUAUAGUGCCGAUGGGGCUCGUUGCAAAUAAAUGGGAAAAUGUUCAUUUAUUUUGCCAUAUCUCCCUAUCCUGUUCUGGCAAUGCUGGCAUCAUCAUCGCCGCCUCAGCCAGGGCCAACCUCAUAAGAACAGCAAAUUAUAUUUAUAUCAGGGGCAGAAAUUUGGAGUUUCCAGUUACAGAGUUUUGAUUCUGUUUGCUUUGCCUGAAAGGCCCGGAAAACCUCAUUGUUUCUCACUCGGCUCCUCACUCUGUAGAGCUGUGGUUCCCACACGCCCCACAGGGGGGCAAUUUGAUUUUUAAGUGAGGCAAUUUGAGAAUGAGUUUAGACCAAGUUAAUGGCCUUUUAGGCUUCCUCCGCGUGAAUAGGAGAUCCCUUUUUGAAUAAUAAGAAUUAUAUGUCACCGGGGGGGGGGUGUCAGGAUUUUAGAGAUGCUCAGGUGGGACACAGCCCAAAAAAGGUUGGGAAUCACUAGUAUCGAGUCUGGUUUUCCCCAUGCAAACUGAUUCCUUUUUCUGUACCUCCCCCCCCCCCUGAUUUGUAUAGACCCAGCUUGUGGGUUCUUUAGGACAUAUCCGGGGUUUCUGAAUGAAGACUAUUGCAGGUAA